AUGGACAGACAAGCACAAACUGACAAAAGGAUAGAUGCUAAUCAAGAGGAAUACAGGUCAAAUCUGAAAAAUCAAGGUGCAGCAAUCUCAAAGUUGGAAGCACAAGUGGGGAUUUUGUCCAAGAAAAUCCCAUUUCCCACACACACAUUUCCCAGUGAUACCAUGGCUAACCCAAGAGGGGAAUGCAAAGCCAUAACUCUAAGAAGUGGGAAGGUUGUAGAGGAAGGAGCCCCAAGCAAAGAUAAUCAUGAAGAGGUUGCAUCAAAACAUGGGAACGAGGAUGAAGGAGAGAUCCCAGCUUCACCUCCACCAAAACCAGUUUUGAAGCCCUAUAUGCCAAAGGCACCAUACCCACAAAGACUGAGAAAAGAUGGGAAGGAUGGCCAGUUCUCUAAGUUCCUAGAGAUCUUCAAGAAGCUCCAAAUCAACAUACCAUUCGCUGAGGUAUUAGAACAAAUGCCACUCUAUGCCAAGUUUUUAAAGGAGCUUAUAACCAAAAAGAGGAACUGGGAGGCAAAAGAAACUAUAGUAUUGACUGAGGAAUGCAGCGCCAUCAUACAGAAGAAGCUACCUCAAAAGCUGAAAGACCUAAGGAGUUUUCAAAUUCCCUGCAUCAUAGGGGACAUCACUAUUGAGAAAGCUUUGUGUGAUUUGGGAGCUAGCAUAAAUCUUAUAUUCCUAACCAUGAUGAGAAGGAUGGAGAUUGAGGAAGCCAAGCCAACAAGAAUGGCACUCCAAUUGGCUGACAGAACUUUUAAGUUUCCACAUGGGGUGGUGGAAGACUUGCUAGUGAAAGUAGGAGAAUUCAUUUUCCCUGCUGAUUUCGUUGUGCUGGACAUGGAAGAAGAGGCCAACGCAUCAAUUAUCCUAGGAAGACCAUUUCUAGCUACUGCUGGAGCCAUCAUUGAUGUGCAGAAAGGGAAGCUUGUCUUGAGAUUACAUGAAGAGAAAAUGGUCUUCAACGUCUUUAAAGCAAUGAGCUACCCCAAGAAAUCCAUAGGAGAAUGCAUGCUAGUAGAAACCAUGGAACAGAUAGUUCAAGAAGUCAUGGGAGAAGAACAAUAUGGAGAAAGCAUUGAGCUGGAGCAAGCACCAGAUGGAAAAUUACCACAAGCAACCAUGAGGAACUCAAUCAUGCUAACAACCACAGACAACAAAGAUGCAGAGUCACCAAAACUUGAGUUGAAAGCCUUACCACCCAGCUUAAAAUAUGCAUAUCUGGGUGCUAACAACACUUACCCAGUAAUCAUAAAUUCAAGUCUGAGUAAGGAACAAGAAGAGGAACUUAUCCAAGUGUUGAGACAACACAAGGAUGCCAUAGGCUGGACACUUGCAGAUUUAAAGGGGAUCAGUCCUUCAAUUUGUAUGCAUAAGAUCUUACUUGAAGAGGAUGUCAAACCCUCAAGACAAUAA